AUGGAAGCAAAGAGAAGGGUGCUUUCCGUGCUCGCGACUGCCUUAAUGCUAAGAAGCCCCGAGUGCAUCGGAAAUGCAUCGGUCCUCCGCUUCAGCACCGGCCCCAUCGCCGCUACCGCCACCGUAACUCACUUGCAGAGUGAAAAGCCACGCUGCAGAUUAGACCGUGAUGAUGCAGCACUAUCAAAGCUUCCGGUUUUCUAUCCAACAGUAGAAACGUCCCGUCUCUUUACACGCAUUCUUGGGCGAUGGGCUGACGGGGGCGGCUUGCGAUCAGCCUCUCAUUGGCCGAAUGAGGUCAAGAACUCCCCCACCACACCUGCCCACAUCGCAGCUUCUUCCCAGCCACCAGUCAGCCUGUCUUACUCCAGCACUUGUCUUGCCUUCCCUUCCGAGUCCCGACAAUUUUCUGCAACACCACCACCACCGCCUACAGCUCUUCAGAGACGUACGUGCAAGUGCAACCGCAGCCCAGCUCGCCAUUCGGUUCGGGGCACCACCGUACCGUUACGGUGGGAAAUAUCGGCUCGGAGCUUUUUUAUCAUCGGCUGGCACUUUACCACUGUUACACCCGACCAUUCCCCAACACCCAGUCUGCCAGUGACUCAAUCCCCAGGCCCCGAUUUCGGCGCCAUUCCCAAGAAAAUCGACAUCUCGCCCCCACGACUGAAGCUGUCAGUCGUUCUCGUUGCCGACCCUGUUCGCCCUGCGAGUCUCCCAAGCAUCUGCUUCCCAUCCUUGUCACCCCCGGCUGCGAUAUCCCCCCAUCGCGUCCGGUCGGCCAAGCCGGGAGCCGUUACACUUUUGUUUUUCGUCAGCGGUGCUGUCUUUCCACGAUUCGUAUUGAACCGCGGAAGACCUUCUCACCUAUCCUCCGAAAACACCGCUGCUCACUGGUUCCCUGAUAGAUCUCCACUACUAACAAAAACGACCAGCACAGCGGCGUAUCUGAUUCCCGCGAAAAUCUCCCCUCGUUUUGCAUUCGUUGUCAGACCUACACACAAAGCAAAGGCGAUGGUAAAGGCACAUAUCAUGCCCACUUUCGCUGACCAGCUAGACACGUACGAAAAGCCGACGAUGGUUCCGAUGAGCAGAGUUGCAGCGAGUGCAAUACAGAUCAGGCCGACUGCCACUAAUGACUUAAAUGAGAUGCUGGAGAACACAUUACCUGUCCCGGCCAACAGGCUCGGAGCCGUUUCGAGAGAAAGUCGGCCUCUGCUGGCACUUUCAGGGAAACUAAAUCCGUCUCGUCUUCCAAGAAGUGUCUUGACCUUCCACCAAGCACUGGCAAUGGCUGCUCGAGCCAGUUCCUCACUCAAUCUUCCCAAGUCUUCUGGCAGAUGCACAUACAGCGUUGCAGCAAAGGCUGGGACAGAGUUCAUAGAAGCCUUGCCCGAUACAGGGGCCCAGUUCAACAUUAUCUCAGCCCACUUGGCUCAAAAAUUGCGUCUUGAGCCCAAACCUCAUACAGAACGACUAAUCCAGUUGCCAACCGGGGGUGAUGUCUUGUCUCCAGGCUGCCUAGAGGCGCCUUCCUUCGUGGCAAACGGCUCGGCCUGCGCCUUGUUGGGAAUGAGAGGCGGUGCCUCCAUGGUCUCAUUGAUUGACAGCCUGUCGGCCCUUCCUGAUACAGGAUCAGACGUCAUGGUUAUGUCCAAAGCAUAUGCUAUUUCCCGCGGCUUCAACAUCGACAGGAAUCUUCAGAAUUUUCUUGAUCUUGAGCUUGCUGAUGGUUCUGAAGCCUUCACAUGUGGCCUAGUCCGCGGGGUAGACUGGACAUUUGCUGCAUCACGACAAAGCGUGAAAUGCGACUUCUACGUUCUUGAAGACUUGUGUACGAAUGUUGUGCUUACCAACGAUUUCUUGUUUGGAUUAGACGUUUUUUCCACGGAAUCAGAGUUCCUGUCCAAGCUUUCUUAUAGCGAAGACUAUUCAGAGCUAUUGCUCAUAAGCCUCAAGGGGAAUUGUCCAGCUGAGUUGCCGCCGCAUGAAGAUCUGGCCAACAUCGAUCUGACCUCUGCGGAUGCUUUUAGUCGCCAGCGAGUACUUGCAGAGCUGUAUCAUCGUGACGAAGUGGACAACCUAAUUGAUGCGCUAGACCCUGGCGACCAAGAAACUGCUAGAAGGACAGAAUUUGAGAGACGCAGGGUAUGGGAGGAGCUUCUACAGAGGCAUCAACAACGACAGUUUGCUGCCCAAUUGAAUGAAGCACGUCGCCAAUGA